UGAUGCGCACACUCCAGUUGCUUGCCAAGUGUCCUAGGGUUUGGUCGUAUUAAUCUCUGUCUCUCAACGUUUCAUUGCUUUUGCACGCUUUCUAGCAUCAAUUGUCCACCAUGAGUACAUCUCAGCAGGAAGACUACCAACGCUACAUCACAGACAAUAUGGUGGAACUUGUUCAAAAGUUGUGUGUGUCUGCUAUAAUAGACCAUUUACUCUCACAUCGUUUGCUAACAAUGGAAGAACGUGAUAGACUGAUGCAAUGUUCUACUGAGCAAGACAGAUCUCGCAUGUUGCUGUGCGACAUUCUGCGAUACAAGGGAAAUGAUGUUGUUGGUAGAUUGUGUGACGUCCUCGUGGCUGCAGGACAGCAGCACAUAAUAAGAGAAGUUAUGGGUAAAGAAGAUGUAGUGGAGAGUGCAAAGUGUAGCAUCAAAGUUGGUGUGAGUGGUCAGAAAGCGUCGAGUCAACGAUUUGUGUCAUCACCAUGCCGACCAUCUGGUACUCGAUGUGAGAGUGAGAGGAAAGAGGGAACUGCAGCACGUGACUUAGAUCUCAGGAAGAGUGCAAUGUGUAGUAGGAAAGUUGGUGCAAGAAGCAAGAAAAGAGGCAAAAAUCGUGUGACAUCGUUGCAACAUCUACAUGCUGGUAAAAGAUGUAAGAGUGGGAGCAGCAAGACAACUGCAUCACAUGACUUAGAAUGUGAAGAUGAUGAAGGAAUGUUGGCAUUAGACUCGACAUCACAUGAUCCAGAUGCAGUGGAAACAUCAGGGGAAAGUGAAGAGCCACCAACCGUCAGUACUGAUGUAACUACUGAGGUUGUUCUGUGUGCACGUGCAUCAUCUUCACUCACAUCAGAAGACGAGUCGUGGCCUGCCAUUCGAAGGAAUCAUGAUUUCCUUUUCCAACAUCUUCUUUUCAGUCAGCAAUUUCUUCGUCGUCUCUAUGAACAACGUUUUUUAUCAAAUGAUGAGUUUGGGUCUCUUCGUCGCAGCUCUCUCACUCAGGAAGCUAAUAAACAUCGUCUUCUCUUUGAUAUUCUUCCCAGCAAGCCAAUGAGUAUGUUUCCAGCAUUCUGUAACAUUCUUCACAGUGUGGGUCAAUCAGAUGUUGCCGUAAAGCUGGAGCAGAAUGUUGUACAUGACAAUCGUUUGUUACAAGAGACGAAACAUCAACGAAAUAGAAGUUUAUCAGAGAAAGUGGAGACAUUGACAGCUCAAGUUGUUAGACUAGAAAGAGAGAAAACAGCAGCUUGUAAGCAAACUGAAGAAGAAAGGAAACGAACUCAUGCAGAAAAGUUACGUGCUGAUGCUGGAGAUUGGACAAAUUUGGCAUUUCGUUGUGACAAAGCACAACAUGUUAAGAGGAUGAAGGUAUGGGAGAUCAAUGACAGUCUGCCAUCAUGGACACAGUGGAAUGUACACAUACCUGAUGAGAGUUUGAUACCAUAUAAUAGAAUGGGAGAGAUUGAAGGCAGACUAGUGGUAGGAGGUGGUGGUGAUAAUCUGCAUGUUCUCACUUAUGAACAUGAUAAGUGGGACAAGUUUGUCAGAAAGAAUGGUGACAUCUGGAAUGUAGUGUGUCAUCAAGGUGUGUGUCUGGUGUGUGUGAAGGAUGGAGAUAAACAUCAGUUUGUGAUUGAACAAUUUUAUUUGAAUGAAGACAAGAAAUGGCGUUUCCUCACAGUUCUACCAAACGAACUGCAGUUGUAUUAUGUAUCUGUUGCUCUUCAUGACAACUCACUGUAUGUGGUGGGUGGUAGGACUAAGUCAGAGGAGAUAGUGAACACAGCACGUGUGUGUGACCUUCACAGCGGUCAUUGGUAUAAGAUGGAUGACAUGCAAGCAAAACGUUGUGUCUGUUCUUCUGUUAUUAUAAACAACACAGUGUUUGUAGGGGGAGGAUUGACUGAUGGAGAUUACUUCAGUGAUACUGUUGAGUGUGCAGAUGUUCGUGACAGAAAAUGGAGAACAAUCACCUCUACAACCACAUAUAGACCUACACUAACGUCAGUCAGUAACAGACUGGUGGCAAUUGGAGGAACGGCACAACUCCUUUAUUCUUCUCCUUCUAAUAUUGUAGAAUUAUAUGAUGAGAGAUCUACCAAAUGGCUUCCUCUUCCACACAUGACACACAAACGGUGGGAACAUGCUGCAUUCUCAACUCAGAAUGGAGAACUCAUCACAGCAGGAGGGUUUCCUGAAUAUUCAAUACAAAGUCUUAAGUGUGACUAAUAUUUGCAUUUUCUUUCAAUUUGUGUGUAUUUGUUAUAUUAUAAUCUCUAGUGAUUGUAUAAAAGACAAUUUAUUGUAACAUUUAGUGUGUGUAACAUAAACUAGAUCGUGAACGUUGUUUUCUUAAUUAGUAGUCACGUGAUUUGCAUGUUUAACGAGCAG